CGUCUCUUGAGUGCUCAGCACAACAUCAUCCACGACACAGAUGAAACUUACAACUAUUGGGAGCCCCUCCACUUCCUCUUGCACGGGACAGGCUUUCAGACGUGGGAGUACUCGCCAGUCUACGCUAUACGCUCUUGGACAUAUAUUUGCUUGCAUGCAUUGCCGCUAUAUCCGCUCAAAGAUAUCCUCUCGCGUGAGCAGCAGUUCUACUUGUUGCGAUGCAUCUUGGGUGCUGUCAGUGCCUUUAUUGAGGCAUCUCUCGUCAUGACCAUCUCUAAAGCGAAUGAAGAACUUGGCCUUCUGACACUUGCGGGACUAUUGACAAGUGCAGGCAUGUUCACUGCGAGUACAGCAUUGCUGCCAAGCACAUUUACGCUAUACACUUGUACACUCGGUCUCGAUUUGUUUUUGCGGCAGCAUCAUACUCUAUCAACGGCAGCUUUUGCAAUUGGAGUCAUCAUUGGCUGGCCUUUCAGUAUCUUGCUCUUCAUUCCUUUGGUUCUAAUCAACUUUAUGAAGCCACUCUACAGCUACGUGCGAGGUACAAUCAUUGCUCUUCAGGUACUGUUGAUCGCUACGGUCAUCGACUACUUCUUCUACAGGCGCUGGGCUAUUGUUCCUCUCAACAUCAUCCUCUACAACGUCUUUCAGCAAGGACCCGAGUUGUUUGGAGUAGAAGCAUGGAGUUAUUACUUCAAAAAUCUGCUUCUUAACUUCAACUUCUUGUUUCCGUUGGCACUCCUAGGUCUGCCACUAGCUAUGCUGUCCAAGAAGAAGUUCUACAUACAAUGCACUGCAGGAUUCGCACUUUGGUUCAGUGUCUUCACACUGCAGCCGCACAAAGAGGAGCGCUUCAUGUACCCAGCCUACCCGGCACUUGUGCUCUCUGCAAGCAUCUCUUUGGAGUUGCUCUUCCAAUUCACCCAACGCAUCACAGAUUUGAUGACAGACCAGCUGCGUUUACCGCAACAUCUCUUGCCAAGGACGAUGAAGCUCUUUGUUCUUGUCUUGAGUGCGCUGAUUAGCAUCUAUCGCAUCACCGAUGUCACGCUCUCUUACCGCGCCCCACUUUUGCUCUUUCCAAGAUUGCCACCUGGUAAGGAAUAUUGCAUGGGCUCAGACUGGUAUCGCUUUCCGACAUCAUUUAUUCUCCCAGACGACACGGCGCUUUCCUUCAUCGAAAGCAGCUUCAGGGGCCUCUUACCUGGCAAAUUCAACACCACCGACAGUAUCCCUCACAUGAACAACCUCAAUCAAUGGGACGCAACCAAAGUCAUUCACGAAGGUCUGUGUGAAUGCCUUGUC